CUUGGUAAAUUAGCCUGAUUUUAGCUCGCUCUGACUGUCACACAUUUAUCCGUGAACAGGAGCUGUGCAGCGGUGGCCUCUCCGUGGAAUCCCGCUGUUCUGUAGGCUACAGAAGCCCGACCGGAUCAAAGCUUGGUUCGGCCGUGUCGCUGGGCACCGGAAGUUGAGUUUGCGCACACGGUGAGUGGCAGCAUCUCCUCCGCCUGAGUGAGUGGUCCUCGGUGAAGCCGCGGAGGUCUUCAGCAGCAGCAGCAGCCAUGGCGGGGGGACGCACCGCUGUCGCCGUUCUGGUUCUGGCGUGUUUACGCUUCCAUCACAGCAGCUCCUUCAACCUGGACGUGGACAAACCCUCCGUGUACGAAGGAUCCGAACGAAGCUACUUCGGCUUCUCGGUGGACUUCUUCAAGUCAGACGUUCUCGUCGGAGCUCCUCGGGCAAACACCUCGUCCUCCAGCAGCGUGGUGGAGAGAGGAGCGGUAUUCAGCUGCCCCUGGAACAGCAAAGACUGCAAGGAGGUGCCCUUUGACAGCUCAGACAACAGAGUUUCCCAAGAUGGUUUUCAGAUGGAAUUCAAAUCCAAGCAGUGGUUUGGAGCUUCAGUGCGAUCUGAUGGAGAACACAUCCUGGCUUGUGCCCCUCUAUACCAGUGGGCAACCUUUGGGAAUUCUGAGCGCGAGCCUGUGGGAACGUGUUAUCUCAAAAAAGGAGCGAGAAUAGUGGAGUACUCGCCCUGCAGAUCAAAUGCUAACUCCCCAGAAGGACAGGGUUUCUGCCAGGCUGGCUUCAGUGUGGACUUUCUGAAGAAGAACAACAAAGUUGUUGUUGGAGGACCUGGCAGCUACUACUGGCAGGGCCAGCUGAUUUCUGAUGACGUCUCAGAGAUUUUCACUCGUUUCAAUACAGAAUACUUCAUCUCCUACACGAACACCCUCGCUACCAAAUCAGCUGGUGCCCAGUAUGACGACAGUUACCUCGGAUACUCUGUGGCAGUUGGUGACUUUAAUGAUGACGGGAAGGAAGAUUAUGUUACGGGUGUACCCAGAGGGGAGAAAGCUCUGGGUUAUGUGAAUAUCUUCAAUGGUCAGAACAUGGCGUCCAUGAUCAACUUCACAGGUUCACAGAUGGCUGCUUACUUUGGACACUCUGUGGCAGCGUCAGAUCUUAAUAAUGACGGUUUGAUGGACUUGAUGAUUGGAGCUCCUCUUUUCAUGGACAGAGGCUCAGAUGGAAACCUUAGGGAGGUGGGACAGGUGUCUGUGUACCUGGGAAAAGGUGGGUUUUCCUUCCGCCCUGCCCAGAUGCUGACCGGAGUGGAGGUUUAUGCCCGAUACGGUUCUGCCAUCGCAGCGCUAGGUGAUCUGAACAGAGAUGGAUACAACGAUGUGGCCAUCUCUGCUCCUUACGGAGGCACCGACCGCUACGGCCUGGUCUACAUCCAUAACGGCCGCUCUGAGGGGCCCAACCCAUCACCAUCCCAGGUUCUGCAGGGCAAAUGGGCGUCCAGCUACAUGCCUGCAAGCUUUGGAUACUCCAUGACGGGAAAUACUGACAUAGACCAGAAUGGGUAUCCAGAUUUAAUUGUUGGUGUGUUUGGAGCAGACAAGGCCAUUUUAUACAGAGCCCGUCCGGUCAUCAGCGUCAACGCCACAUUGGACAUCACUCCACAGAUCCUGAACCCCAAGGAGAAGGCCUGCACUCACCCCGUCACCAACACACCAGUGUCAUGUUUUAAGGUGAAGUACUGCCUGAAGGCCAGCGGCUACAGAGCUCCAGACAGCAUGACUAUCCACCUUGACCUCCUGCUGGACCGCCUGAAGCAAAAAGAGGCUACGAAGCGCGUUCGCUUCCUGCACAGUCAGGCCUUCCAGUACUCCAAGAACAUGACUGUGAGCAGCAACAAAGUCCCAUCCUGCGAGGAGCUGGAAGUCUUCUUGAAGGAUGAACAGGAGUUUCGGGAUAAGAUCACUCCCAUCUCCGUUGCCAUGGAAUACAAUUUGGACUACCAGCCUGCUGUAGACCAGAGCAAACUGCUGCCCAUCCUGGAUGCAUCCACGCCCAACAACGUCACAAAGCAGGCUCAUAUCUUGCUGGACUGUGGAGAUGACAACAUUUGCAAACCUAACCUCACCCUGUCAGUAAAAAGUGACCGUGAGGAGAUCUACAUCGGGGAUGAUAACACUCUCACUCUGGAGGUCGUGGCUGAAAAUCACGGGGAGGGAGCCUACGAAGCCGAGCUUCACGUCUUCCCACCGCAGCAGGCCGACUUCAUCGAGGUGGUCCGCAGUCAGACUCUCUCCAGGCUGUCCUGUGCUUACAAGAAGGAGAACCAGACCAAGAUUGUAGUGUGUGAUCUGGGAAACCCCAUGAAGGCAGGAACCAAGAUCCUUGCUGAGCUGAGGUUCAGCGUGCAUCAGCUGUCUGAGGAGGAUACUAAAGUCAAGUUUGACCUGCAGAUAGUUAGUUCUAACCAGUUUAACAACACCAGUGCAAAAGUCACCAGCACCAUCAACCUGGCUGUUCUGGCUAAAGUUUCCAUCAGAGGCUCCUCGUCUCCCAGUCAGGUGCUGCUCCCAAUCGCCAACUGGAAGUCUAAAGAGCCCCCGCUGAUUGGGGACGACAUCGGGCCGCCCAUCAUCCACGUCUAUGAGCUCGUGAACCACGGGCCCAGCACCUUUAGCAAAGCCUCGCUGAAGGUGGAGUGGCCGUACCACUACAGAAACGGCUCUCUGCUCUACAUCACCAGCUUUGAGACUCAGGGACCCAUCAACUGCACCACAGACAUGAUGAUCAACCCGCUCAACGUCUCUAAUCCUGUGGCCAAUGAAAAGAACACCAGCACCGGCCCAUCCAGAGAGACAGAAGGUCGCAGCCCAAACCGGGUCAAGAGGGACUUGGAGUCCAAAGAUGCAGAGAACAACUUGCAGACACUGGACUGCACCACAGCUGAGUGCCUCCAGCUGAAAUGUCAGGUGGGUCGUCUUGAGAAGACUAAGAACGCCAUCCUCUUCAUCUAUUCCAGACUGGAUGUCAAAAACUUCCUCAGGCCGGAAAAUCAGAACCGUUCUUAUGUGGUUCAAACCACAGCUUCCUUCAGUGUCUUCGAAAUGCCGUACAAGCACUUGUCAACAGAACUGCCAUCCAACAGCACCACCGUGAGUUUGUCGGUGACGUGGGUGGCUGAUACUCCUCAGCCUGUCCCGGCCUGGGUGGUGGCUCUGGCUGUGCUGGCAGGCCUGCUGCUGCUGGCGCUGCUCAUCUUCAUCAUGUACAAGCUGGGAUUCUUUAAGAGAGUGCGCCCCCCGCAGGAGGACUGCACCGAAAAGGAGCAACUGCAGCCAGAGGAGAACGGAAACACUGAAGCUUAGCGGCCGAACUUUGAUGAAGUCCACACACAGGGAGAGUAGAAAUAUCAGGGUAAAAGGCAUUGAGAGAAUCCACUGUACAGACUGCUGGAUGCAGGUUCUGAUACUGCUUUAGUUUAGCUGUCCCGUUUCAUUAGUCUGGUUACAUCUGUGCCAAAAGAGAAUCUGGAUAACACUGGCUUCAAAUAGAACCAUAAAAGAAUCUUUCUCUGACCGACCCACAACAUCCAGUCUGAGGUCUGCUUUCUUCCUCGGAGAUGGAUGUUCAGGUUAGGUUUCCUUCAAAAUUCCAGCUGAAGGCAGCAGAUCGGCGUUCAUUCCGAUUCGGUCUUCACAUCCGAAAGGAAUCAUUUCCACCCUCAGACUUUAGCUUCUUAACCAGCAGAGUUUGGGGCUUUGAUCCAAAAGCCAGCGGUUCAGAGACUCGCUGUCCGGCCUGUCGUCCACUUUGCACAUUGUUGGGUUCCUGAGCUGCUGUGUUGCCUUGAAAAGUCCAGAACUGCUGAAAAUGUUAGUAAAACCUUUUUCAAAAUGACUUUAAUGGUUAGUGAAACAUUGUCACAGAAAUAAUUAAAAAAAAAAAAAUACAUGAAAAUUAAAUUUAAAGAAUAAGCAAUCCCCAGGUCUGUGCAGAAAUGGAGCAGGGGAUUGUGGGAGUUGGAGUAAAGAUCUCUGCUCUGCAGCAGCUGAUCACAGAUAAAACAUGGGAGCAUAGAGGCUCACUAAUGGGUUUAAAGUCUAUUUGCAUUAUGAUCACGUGUUCUGCGUGUUACUGUAACAUGCUUCUCCUUCUUUCUGCAUUUUGUGUCUCUGACUGAAACUGAAAUGGAAGAGGUUUGCUUUGGGUUUCUGAUCAAGCAUUUUAUUAUUUUAUACAGAAACACUUGUUACAAAAGUGAGUCCAACUUUUUUCAGCACACUUUUUGUUUGUAUUAAACCAGCAAAUGUGAUGGGUUGAUCAUUUUCUCCUAAAUGAUGGGUCGUUUGUUAAACUUCACUUGAAAGUAAUUUCUGGGCUUUUACAGCACGAUUAGGAGACGUGAUGCCAUCUAGAGGCGGACAAUAAGAACUGCAGCAAUCGACAAAAUUUAUGACCCACCAAAACUGGAAUGGAUUCGGGCGUGUUUAGUCAUUUUAUUAUUAAUAUUGUUUUUUUUUCACCUGUUGCUUAAAACAGAGUUGAUAAAAAUUCUAAUUGUGGAUGCAAUCUGAAUUAGAGCUCGAUUCCUUGCUGCCACUGGCCUUGUUCAGUACAUAUUUAUAUUAUUAAAUAGGUAAUUCAUGUUUUUUUUUUUAAAGUUAAAGGAAUUUGUGAACAAUAAAAUAAGGAGUAAACGGUCAAACUUAUGGACUUUUUUUGUGAGCAGAAAGUUAUUUUUUCCCUGAUAUGACUUUUCUGCUGCUCGACAAAUAAAGAAUCGUGGUAAUGUUCAACAUUUCAAAAGGUAAAGUGGGUAAAAUCACAAGAAGACAAUGAAACUGAGUUGGACCUCGAUGCUGGAUGAUCUGUAAUGGUUUUGUAAUGCCUCCUUAAGCAUCUACUAGCCCCAUUUUACACUUUCUAAACCUCAUCAGUCAGCUGCUCAUCCUUUUUUUCUUUUUUAGGGAAGUCUUAAAAUGCUGGCAGCCGUGGCCGUUAUCCCACUUCAAAUAGUGGGCAGAGGGGGGGGGGGGUCUCUUUCCUCAAGUACAACUAACUGGCAGCUUUACUAAGAACAAACACCAGCAGCAGUAAAUUGAUUUCCUGUGUUUAUUGACUUUGUUUGUAUUAUAAUAAAAUGAUAGAAAGAGAGGAAAUAUCUAUUUGCCCAUAUUGGGUUUGGAACAUGUUCACAUCCUUCAUCAUUCCGAAUCUUUGAAAAAAAAAAGGAAAAAGUCCCAAGCUCUGUUAUUUUCACUCUUGUGAAAACUUUUAAAGUGUUCAUUUUCCGCUGAGGCCAAACCUGCCUGUAUUAGAGUGAUCCUUAUUCCUAAGCCACACCACAAGCUGUGUUUGUCUGUUCUCCACUAUACCACAAAGUUUCACAGAUUUUUUUCAACAUUUCAUAAAGUCUGACCUGUUUUGAAUAUAGAAUUUGAGAAAAAACUUGUAAAUGUCAAAUAAAAAAGAUCUAGGCCUUUUUUUUUUUAAACAAGCAUUUAUUUACUGUAUCAAAUGUUCUUGCGUGAGAAUUUCCUGUAAACUUAAAGCUGUCAAACAACUGCACUUCUAUUUUGAAAGUUGUUUGAAUGCUUUCUUUUUUAUCUAAUUGCCAUCAAAUGGUCCUGGGAUCAUUUCCUGCUUCUCCUUGGGGAAAAAAACUCAGAAAAUCCAGCAAACACCUUAGUGGAGGAACGUUGGGGUUGUGGGUUUUAUAGAGUUGCUGGUUUUCGCUGCUUCCUGUCCAGAGAAAUCUUGUUUUAUUAGAACGGGGGGGGGCAGUGUUUACUGCACUGUUGGAACUUCUGGAGUUUUCUUUGUAAUGUUGGUGUGUGACGAGCUGCUGAAAUUGGUCUGAGCUUUGAACAGUUUGACUGAGGGCUUUAUUAACUUCACUUUGUCCGUCUGCCUGGAAUAAAUGCUAUUUCCAAUGUUUGUAGUCUUUCACUUCAAAAAAAUGAUUUCACCUUUUCAAAUGAAAUAAAAUGAUCUCUUCACA